AUGAGAGCAGGAGCCAACAUGAAGGUUGCUGGGAAGACUGUCUGUGUUUUUGUGCUGCUCACCAUCAUCAAGGUCACAGAAACAGUAGGUGAGUCUAACGUGUCAGUGACCGUAGGCAAGAGCCCUGUGUUUCAAUGCACAAAAAAAUCAAAUGUAACCAUGAUAACAUGGAAAAUAAGCCCCAAGGUUGGAGGCCCCUGCACCUUGGGAUACAGAGCUGAUCACAACAAGACAGACAGAACCAACUGCAGUGACAGCAUGAACUGGAAAUCCAGACCAGACUGGGAUCCUGCCCUUGAGAUACAGCAAGUGGGUAUUGCCCACGAGGGAAAUUACACCUGUGAACUAGUAACAGUAGAUGGGAAUUUCCCCACAACCUACCUCCUGAGUGUGCUGGUCCCCCCCAGGCUGAGCCUGUACUGUGAUGGCCACGGGAGCCACGUGUGCGAGGCAGCAGCAGGGAAGCCGCCUGCCUGGGUCUGGUGGGUCCCAGGGGGCAACUCCACCCCCAAGGAAGAAAGCCAUGGCGAUGGGACAGUGACUGUUCUCAGCAAGUUCACGGCCCACAACACCAGCAUGACUAAUGCAACCUGUGUUGUGUUCCACCCAGCAGGGAACCAGAGCAAGUCCCUAACCUGUCAUCCCUCAGGGAUCAACUUCGUUGUCCUGUCACUCUCCAUCGUUUUUUCUUUACUGAGCAUUAUCAUCUUCAUGGCUGUUAUUUGUUACUUUAAGAUCCACAGUGACAGGUAUUGCCAUAAAACCAAACCUCUUGAAAGUGCUCCUACACUUCCCCCACAGGAUGACACGAUGGAAGUAGAACCUUAUACUACUUAUGUGCAGAAGGAAAAUGUAAUUUACAACUCAGUGUCUGAUCUGACAGUGGGGCAGAAUCUCCCACAAGGACUGUUGCCACCAACAUGA